AUGUGCGGUAUCUUCUUCUCGCUCAGCCGAGCUGGACAUGUGACGCCUGACACGAAUACUCAGCGGCUCCUCCAGAAUAGAGGACCAGAUAGCACAGGACAGCACGAGACUAUCAUCGAAUCCAGCACCCAAGGAUCUUCAACGCGUCUUCACGCGACUUUCCUGUCAACAGUUCUUGCUUUACGCGGCAACGACGUAGUUGAGCAGCCUCUCAAAGACAACGCGACUGGCUCUCUUCUUUGUUGGAACGGCGAAGCAUGGAGCAUUGCUGGACAUGCCAUUGAUGGUAAUGACUCUCAGCUUAUCUUUACUAAGCUUUUGAAUGCAUGCACUGGUACAAGCGAGGCAUCCAUGAAAAGCGUCAUUGAGCUGCUGUCUGCCGUGCGGGGCCCUUAUGCGCUUGUUUUUUACGAUGCAUCCAACAAGCGCAUCUACUAUGGACGCGACUGUCUGGGAAGGCGAUCGCUGCUCCAAAAGUCAACUCCGGACGGCACACUCGUCUUGUCUAGCGUUUGCGAUAAUGCUUCUGGUGAUUCCUGGACCGAGGUGGAAGCCGACGGCAUCUAUGUCUUAGACGUGAACCUCGCAGACCCCACGUCAAACUCGUUGACAGUUACAAAGAUUCCACACCGCCGCUCAGACCCGAAAGAGGACUCUGGACUGUGUUUCACUCUGCCGUUUCCCACUAUGAAUCCCACUGUAGAAACCGAAUCUGCAGGACAGAACACCAGCGCUACUGGUCAGUUGAAAGUGUCAUUGCAAAGGUCACUUCAACUACGCACCCAGCAUAUACGAGAAGCAGUGCCUGACGGUGCGAAGCUGGGAGCUCCGAAAGACGCACAAGUUGGUAUCCUUUUUUCUGGCGGCCUUGACUGCACAAUCCUCGCACGCAUGUGUCACGACCUCUUGCCACUUAGUGAAUCUAUCGACCUACUCAAUGUCGCUUUUGAGAACCCUCGAAUUCAUUCCAACCUCGAAUCAGGCACCAGCCCCUACGAGCUUUGUCCGGACCGUAUUACUGGACGAUCAUCCCACGCCGAGCUGAUGGAAGUCUGCCCAGGACGUGAGUGGCGCUUCGUCGAGGUCAAUGUACCCUACACCGAGACGCAAGCCCACCGCGGCACUGUCAUGGCGUUGAUGCAUCCUCACAACACGGAAAUGGACCUCUCCAUAUCGUACGCGCUUUACUUCGCCUCGCGUGGGAUUGGUCUGGCGCACCUUCCGGACGAGGCUAGCGCUGAGCCAUAUACCACCAACGCACACGUCCUCCUAUCUGGGCUCGGCGCUGAUGAGCUUUUUGGUGGGUACCAACGACAUGCCGUGGCCUUCGCUCGGCACGGAUAUCCUGGCCUGAUCGAAGAGCUGGAACUCGACUUCAGUCGACUGGGAAAGAGAAAUCUGGGUCGGGACGAUCGAGUCAUCAGUAACAGCAGUAGGGAGGUCCGGUUUCCGUUCCUUGACGAAGACUUCAUCGCAUUGGCGCUCAGUCUUCCAGUGACAGCCAAGUGCGAUUUCGGCCUAGCGCAAGUCAUCGAUAGUAGAGAUCCUGCACAGCUUCUCGAGCCUGGGAAGCGGGCUCUUCGAUUGCUGGCCUGGCAAUUAGGCAUGCAAAGGGUAGCUGCCGAGAAAAAGCGUGCAAUUCAAUUCGGCGCUCGCACGGCUAAAAUGGAGACAGGCAGGACGAAGGGCACGCAUGUUCUAAGUCAAUAA